AUGAGUCAAACUCCAAGUACCGGGGCAGACUCUACCGUUUUCGAACGAUUGACUAACAUCGAACUGAUUUCCAGGGACGAAAACACAAAUACAUUUAUCUACAAUGGUGCAGAGGUAGAAUCCCAUUUUGGUGCUCGCGGUAUCUACGGUAAGGAAUUAACUUUGACAUGUUUGCUAUCCGUAGGUGGUCUUGUAGCUUCCCAGGCACUUGUUGCUGCAAUUCGAAGUGUUAAGCUUUUAUCCAACAAUGAGGAUUGGGUUUGUCAUUCUUUUCAUUCCUAUUUCCUGUUGCCUGGAAAAUUUAAUCUCCCCAUCAGUUUCAAAGUGACUCCGCUUAGAGCUGGGCGCUCUUUCUCCGUCUGGAGAAUAGAUGGACACCAAUAUCUAAAUCGGCCAUUAUUUGUAAUGGAGGCUUCUUUCAAAAAGAUGGAUCAACAGAGCAUCCAAAAGGCCCUGUCUGAUAAAGGAACGACAGAACCGGAAACGCUCUGCUCGGAUCUCUCGGAUGAGCUUAGAUCGUCCACCAGUACUUCCCUGGACAACAAAAAAAGGACUCGGUUGAGGGCAGCUUUAAUAGCUCUUCGAGAUGAAUGGCACAUUUUCGAAGAAAGGCCAUGCAACCCAUCCGGCAUGAGAGCCCUACUACUUGAAUCCCAACCACAUCCAGACGUCCACGGCGAUUGGGUAUCUUUAUAUUCGAAAAGCUUCAGCAAUAUUGACAAGUCAAUCGAGGACUAUUCGGUGAUUCUUCUCGAAGAAACCCAAAUUGCCGAAGAUACGGCGUGUUCCUCGUCUCUUGCCGAGGAAUGGCUUGAUCCAGAUGAGCUAUCUAGAAUUGCCAAGGUAUGUGCUUGCUUUGCCCAUCAACAGGUUCUCUCCAUUCUUGAGGAUGAUCUGUCCGCUGUAUCUACAAUUACAGAGUCUUUAGUGAUUUUAGAGACAUCUUUGCCAUUUCUCUCACCGCCCGUCAUUCCAGUUCAGUUUUAUUCUGCCGGGAUUUUUAAUGCGGAAAUAUCGGCACUUGUAUCUUACCAUACUACUCUUGACCUGGUGUACCAAGAAAAGCUGAAUGCGAUUAUUGAGAAGGCCAAGUCUCACGAAAUAAGGUCUUGGAUUGUUUACAAGGCCAUUAAGGACCACGAGAAGAGCAUAUUUUCGAUUGAGACUUCCGAUAAAUGGAAUCGUAUGGAUUCAAGCAGACUUCGUGUUCGUCUUGCCUACGAUCAGGGCGCAUCGUCCACUUUGCGUCUUUUGAUUUCUCGUGAAGAGAUAAUAGUUCCGCUUAAAGAGGACGACAAUAAGGAGCUGUUUGGUUGGAAUUCCGACUUUUUUCUGGAGAAGCUCUCCAAUAUUUCUCUUGUGAUUAAAUUUAUUUCAGAGCAAAUAUUGGUCCACCCGCAUUUGAAAUCGAUACUUGUGCCAAUUAUUUGCUCAAGUACCAAGUCGGUUUCUGGAAAGCCUUCGCACUCGUUUCUUGAAGCGUUGCGCAGAUAUAUUUUGCACGACACCGUCCCGAUGAGUCCUUCUCAAAUGGCAGCUUUGCAGCCUGGAGGAAGUCUAUGGAAGGCUGUUCAAAAAGUCGAAGAUGAGCUUGUUGAAUCUUUUGAUCUGGCUCACUGCGAAGUGUCUCUUGGUCCUGGAUUUAUUACAGGCUCAUUGCAGCUUAUUCGGAAUCGAUAUUCGGUAUUGCUGGCGUCUGAGGUGCGAUACAAGUCUCUUUAUUUGAUGAAUCAUCCCGACAAUCGACUUGUGUCGUGGGAGAAUCCGCCCGGCGUUACUUUGCCUCCAAAAUAUGUAGCAAUGCUCACGAGCAAUGCAGUUGUCAACGAUCUUGCCCAAGAUGCCCACUCUCUGCACAGAGACUCUGAUCAUGAAAAUGAGUCUUUGGAGUAUGCCAUUACAAAUUUGCUUUUUGAUGGAAAAAAGUUCCAUUUAAAAGUGCUGCAACUGCUUAAAUUUAUGCUGUUUUUGAUUUCAUUUGCAGACAGGCUUCCCGAGGCGUUUCCGUUUGACAUUGAAAAGGUUUUUUUUGAAAUUUUCGAUUCAUACGUGAAAAACUUUUCCCCCUCCACAGGAGCCAUCUUGGUAGAGUUGAUACCAAAGCUAUUGGCAAUGAAAAAAUGCCCCAAUCCACAAAGCAUAGACAAAUACUCCCGCAUCGUCUUGAUGGCUGCGGAGCUUCGUCGAAUCGCAGAUGAAACCAUCCACAUCCAGCUUCAAAAUCAAAAGAGCUUUAUCGGCUCCAAGCUUGAAAAUCGCCAAGUGUUCAGAAUCAUUGCAAAGGGAUCAUACCGAAGAUUUGCUGGUCAGAUCUUUUCUUAUAUCCUCGGGACGAUAUCCAAGAUGGAGUUUGGAUUGGAGGCCAUUUCUCGGGAGGAUGCGUUCCAGCUAUACUCGUUAAAUCAGUUCAUAAUUACGUGGUCAGAGUCGCUAUCAAUUUUAGAUUCGCUAAAUGAGACCACCACGUUCAGGUCAUUUUCUGAACUGGCCAUGCUUUUUUCAGCAGGAGAUAGAGAACUUAUUGGGGCAAGGAAAAUAGAGAAAAUCCUGCUUUAUAUUCCGAAUUGGAUCUCCUUUAUCCACUUGACAAACAUCUUUUGCUGGAAGCUUGAGGAAAUUGUCGAGUUUUCAAUGUCUGCUUGCAAUUCGGUGCAUGCAAAAGACUUGGUUGUUCCACCGAAAGUAAUCCUUUCGCUGGUGAAGGCUAUUUUCGCAGACUCUGAUGUGCGAAGAGAAGCCAUCCAUGUGCUCUCCAAGUGUGUCUAG